AAGUGAAGGAAGACGGGGGAUGGAGAAGUUUUAGAGGUUCUUCUCGAAAAAUAGGCGAAAGAAGGGGAGAGAAAUUGUUCUUCUGUCUCUCGGGGGAUCUAGAGCUUCUUCUUGGAUACUGGGAGGCUUUCCCUCAUCUGAUUAGAGAAGUGGAGAGAAAGCGAGGUUUAGCAGAGAGUGAAGUGUUUAGCAGAAAAGGUGAACACUAGGUGCAUGCGAGAAACCGAACGGACCGGUUUAACCGAUUAACUGAAUCCGGAAAGGGCAAUCGUUAGAAUUUGAGAGAGGAAGCAGGAGAGGGAAGGUCGGUGCUUCUGAGAACAAACGAACAGAGCGGCGAGCAGAAGAGGAACAGAACGGUCGGGACAGAGAGCGAGGGUUUCUGGAAGGGGUAAGAGAGAGGGAGAAAAAGGAGAGAGAGUUCAUUAGCAACGAGAGAAAUAAAAAGAAGAAAUGAGGGUUCAUUAGCAGCCAAAUAAAACAGAAAGUAAGGAUAGUAGAAUUGGAUUUUGGAGAGAGGGAGUUAAAAGGAGAGACAGGUGAUUCGGAGGAAAGAGAGAAAUAAAGAGAAGUGAUAGAGGGAGAGAGUUUCUUUCUCCCAUUCCUUUCAUUCAUUGCACAGAGAUCAGAGGAGACUUUGGCGAAAAUCCCAGAAGCUAUCAAAACAGGAGAAAAGCACCAAGACAGCUCAUUAUCAGCUUGGGCCUCCAUUAGGAAAGUAAAUAACAUGAAAACAAAACGAGAAGAUAGUGAUAGCAUGGGAGAGGAAGAAAGGGGCUCAAAGAAGCAGAGAGUGCUUCAGCGAUCAGCGUCGCCUCCUCCACCACUUGGCUUUGAAAAUCCACUCUUACCUUUGGCUAAUACUUACAAUGAUGAUGAUGAGGAGGAAGAUUAUGAGCAAAAGGAAACAGCUCGUGAUGGUGGAGGAAAAGAUAAUAGAAUUGCCAGGAUAGAGCAGAAUGGUCAGGGAGCUCAAAGUGAAGAAUAUGAUGAGGAUGAGGGUGAGGAAGGUAAUGAUGCUUCACAUGACCAAGGAGUCGGUCAAGGUAGACUAAGCCGCCAGAUUGAAAUACGAAGGGACUGUCCAUAUCUUGAUACUGUCAAUCGCCAGGUAUUGGAUUUUGACUUUGAGAAGUUUUGCUCUGUCUCUUUGUCAAAUUUAAAUGUUUAUGCAUGUCUUGUCUGUGGGAAGUAUUACCAAGGAAGAGGACAGAAAUCCCAUGCAUAUACUCAUAGCUUGGAAGCGGGACAUCAUGUCUAUAUAAAUCUUAGAACAGAGAAAGUUUAUUGUCUUCCUGAUGGAUAUGAAAUUAAUGAUCCCUCAUUAGAUGAUAUUCGUCAUGUCCUUAAUCCAAGGUUUACUAGGAAACAAGUUGAACAGCUUGACAAGAAUAAGCAGUGGUCUAGGGCGCUUGAUGGUUCCGAUUACUUGCCAGGAAUGGUUGGGCUGAAUAACAUCCAGAAGACAGAUUUCGUGAAUGUCAUAAUUCAGUCUUUAAUGAGGUCACCCCCCUUUAAGAAAUUUUUUCCUAAUCCCUGAAAACUAUCAACA